AGGGGUUGGGAUUCCUGGGGCCCCGCUGUGUCAUCUGACGCUGACCCUCUGGGACCGGGACCAAGCCCGCUUUCCAUUAGAAAAAGAAGUGAUAAUCAUGGGGUUGAAGUAAUGGCAAUUAGGGCAGGAGGGAGGAGGGCGGCGACACGUUCCCUCUGAAGAAAAGGAACAGGUUCCUAUCUGGAAAGUAAACGGAGAGCCGAAGUCAGGGCGUGACUUGGGGUGAUCGGAAGAUUGAUCUCUUAACUAGAGAGGUUUUUCGUAUGCCUCAUUUCAGAGUUUUUCGUUUUCCGGAUCUUCUAGUAAUAGUUUUCUUGUUACAAGUGCUUGUGGUUAGAUGGGGAGAUAGAGGAAGCAGGGCCUCUUUCAUGGCCUUCUGGGCGAGAAUUCUGGCUUCCUUGUAUGAACCGGAUCUCUCACAGAGUAUUUAGUUUACUUUAUUUUUCCUUUCACAAGUUCAUCUUGAAUUUAGGUGUUUUUAAUCAGACCUCAUGGAAGCUCUUUGAACAUACAUUGCUUUGUAAUUGCCUCAUCUCUUAGCAUGGUUAUAUCCAAAAUGGAGAGAAUGGCACACCUUAUUCUGAAUUUGGUAUAAAUAACGUCUCAUUUUGGAAAUUACAGAAUCCUGUCAGCUGCUCUUUUUGUGUGGGACAAGUUGAAUUCAGGCAAGAAACGUUUUGAAAACGAGCCUUGUUGAAAAUCAUAUUGGUUCUUGCCCUGUUUUCAUUGACAUGUAUACAACUUUAAUUCAGGCUUGUGACGAGGAGAAGAAGAAGUAUUUCAGUUUUGGAAAGAUCCUCUUCAACAACACUACUAUCUACUUAAAUUUUGAAGGAGAACCUUGUGAUCCAUCCUUGAGUUUCAAUGUGACCUGGUACUUACGUUCUUGUAACUGUUACAACGAAGUCUUCAAUUUUGGGGAUGAACAAGCAGAAAAGUAUUUUGGAAGCACCAAGGAAGAACGGUCAGGUUGGCCUGGAUCCUAUGAAAUGUUAUCAACCUUGUUCCAGAACUGCAGUGAACUCUUUAAACCACAGAGUUUUUCUGGGGAUUUUGUGCAUCCAGUGGUGCUAGCAGGAGGAAAACAAGAGGCUAGGUACAAUGGAACCAAUCAUACAGCUAUUGUAGAAAAGCCUGCAACAAAUGCUGCUAUUAAAACUUGGCAAGAUGGGCCAUAUAUCUUCAUUGUUCAGAUUGGGAUUUCAUCCUCAAAGGAGUUCAAAGAUGCACCACAAAAUAAACUUUUUACCAUGACUGUGGAAGUGAAGGGUCCCUAUGAGUACCUCUCUCUUGCAGAAUAUCCCCUCAUGAUUUUCUUCAUGGUGAUGUGUAUCGUGUAUGUCCUGUUUGGUGUUUUGUGGCUGGCAUGGUCUGCUUGCUACUGGCGGGAUCUCCUGAGAAUUCAAUUUUGGAUUGGUGCUGUUAUCUUUCUGGGUAUGCUAGAGAAGGCAGUCUUCUAUGCAGAAUUCCAGAACAUUCGCUACAAAGGAGAAUCUGUCCAAGGUGCCCUGAUUCUUGCAGAACUGCUUUCAGCUGUGAAACGAUCCCUGGCUCGCACUCUGGUCAUCAUAGUCAGUUUGGGCUAUGGAAUAGUCAAGCCUCGCCUUGGAGUCACUCUUCACAAAGUUGUGGUGGCAGGAGCUCUCUAUCUUUUGUUUUCUGGCAUGGAAGGUGUCCUCAGAGUUACUGGGUCUUUUCACGGUCCUUUGGCUCUGAUAGCAAACCUGGCCCUCUCUGCGAUUGAUGCCUGUAUUAUUUUAUGGAUAUUCAUCAGCCUGACUCAAACAAUGAAGCUUCUAAAACUUCGGAGGAACAUUGUGAAGCUCUCUCUGUAUCGCCAUUUUACCAACACUCUCAUUUUAGCAGUUGCAGCAUCUAUCGUAUUCAUUAUCUGGACGACCAUGAAGUUCAGGCUAGUGGACUGUCAGUCGGACUGGCAGGAGUUGUGGGUGGAUGAUGCCAUCUGGCGGUUAUUAUUUUCCAUGAUCUUAUUUGCCAUUAUGGUUCUGUGGAGACCAUCUGCAAACAACCAAAGGUUUGCCUUUUCACCAUUGUCUGAAGAAGAGGAAGAUGAUGAACAGAAAGAGCCCAUGCUAAAAGAAAGCUUUGAAGGAAUGAAAAUGAGAAGCACAAAACAAGAACCAAAUGGAAAUAGUAAAGUGAACAAACCUCAAGAAGAUGAUUUGAAAUGGGUAGAAGAAAAUGUACCUUCUUCUGUGACAGAUGUAGCACUUCCAGCCCUUCUAGAUUCUGAUGAGGAAAGAAUGAUCACACACUUUGAAAGAUCCAAAAUGGAAUGAAAAAUGGAUGGUUUUCAGGGCAGAGCUUGUUAGCAUCAGGGAAGAGAUCAGCAUUUGUGUCAGACUUGUGCUGCUGUUCAUUGACUGAAAAAAUCAGCACACUUCUGAUCUGUGUGUGUGUGUGUGUGUGUGUGUGUGUGUAUGUGUGGGGGUGUGUGUGUGGGUAUAUGGGUGUGUAUGAGAGAGAGAGAGAGAGAGGGAGACAGAGAGGCAUUACAACCAGGCAAGCAUCCCAUUGGGAAACAGGUCAUAGAAUAACAAAAUCCUUAUAAAAGGUUCUGAUUUAUAAUUCCCCCUCUUCUACUCCAGAUUACAACUUGGAUAUUUAAGCAAACCACAAGUAUUGUUGCAGCUAUUUAAUUAGACUAAAAUUUUAACAAAGGGACAAUGUCCAUAAUUUGUAAUGCCCAGAAGCAACUGCCUAUGAUUUUAUUUAUUUAUAUUUUUUUCCGGAGAAGUGAUGGGGAAAGUUACUAAUUAUCCUUCAGUUUCCUGGGGAGCAAACAUCACACCUUGCAGAGCUAGUUGGGAGACAAAAGGGCCCCUUUGAGUUAGGGAGUCCCCAAUGCUAUCAGUGAUUAAAAGUACCAAAAACCAGAAAGAUUUGAAAAUGUUAACAGUGGGAUUCAGAUCAUUUUUUAAAAGCAAAAUCAAGUGCAAUUUUGUUUACAAAAUGGUGUAUAUUAAAGAUUUUUUCUAUUUCAGAUGUAAUUUAGAGAGAAAAUAUUAGCUUAAACUCUUUUGAUGUCUGCUGUUGUGACACAUCCCAUUGCUGGCAAUGUGGUGCACAUCUGAGAACUUUUAACUACUGCUCUGAAAGCCUCUAAGUGCUGCAUUGCUAUCUCCUAUGCAAUGCUUUGUCUGCCCUGGCAUUACAGGGAUAAUAGGUGUUCCCCUGGUACUGCAGCAGGUGUAGAGGCAUUUCUUUCACCUGAGAGCAUAUGAAUAAACUUCCUGCUGGAGGGUACUGCAAUGUUUCAGAAGAGGACAACUGAUUACAAAGGAAGCAGGUCCUUCCAGCUUAGUUGAAUAUCCCUGUAUGGGGUGUAGGAUACAUUAAGAUAAAUUUACUGGUGUUGGUUAAGAAUGUUUAGAGGCGUCACAAGGGGAGUUGCUGAAUUAGAAAUCAUUUUAAGGACUCCAUUUCUGUUCUAACAGUUUUCUCAACUUUUGCCUUCCCAAGUUAUGGAUUUCUGUUCUAAAUACAAAAAGUUCAUGCCACUUUUUAAUAUUAAAAAUCUUAAAGUCAAAA